CUACCUGAAACAGGAGUGGAACUCCGGGGCCACCACGUUUUUGGCGAUGCCCACACUGCAUCAACUCGUCGGUCAACUACGAAAUUGCCUUGUCAUUGUGGCUGCGUUUUCCUCUUAAUUUCGCCCACUCUACUCUACUUAUAAUUUCUUAUUCAAGCUUGAAUGCUAGUACUACUAUUAUUUUGUCUCUGCAUUUUCUGAUCCAGAGGAAAGAAGAGAGGAGGAGGAAAAAUGAAGCAGGCUAGAGUAACUAUGGAGGUCGGAAGCGACGGCGUUGCAAUAAUCACCUUCUCUAACCCUCCCGUCAAUGCUCUUGCCCUUACCGUUUUCGAUGGUCUGAAGGAGAAGUUUAGUGAGGCCAUGAGAAGGGAUGAUGUUAAAGCUAUUGUUGUUACUGGCAAUGGUGGAAGAUUCUCUGGCGGCUUCGACAUCAAUGUGUUUGAGAUGGUACAUAAAACAGGAGAUAUUUCUAUCUUACCUGAUGCAUCUGUUGAUAUCUUCACGAACGUGGUAGAAGAUGGAAAGAAACCUACUGUUGCUGCUAUCGAGGGGCUCGCACUUGGAGGUGGCUUGGAACUGGCUUUGGUAUGCCAUGCUCGCAUUGCUGCACCCAGAACACAACUUGGUCUGCCAGAACUCACUCUAGGAGUUCUUCCUGGCUCAGGAGGCACACAACGUCUGCCAAGGCUUAUAGGGUUGCCAAAAGCUCUUGAAAUUAUGCUGUUAUCUAAAUCGAUAACAUCAGAAGAAGGAAAGAAGCUUGGCCUUGUUGAUGCUGUUGUGCCUUCAGAUGAAUUACUGAAAGUAUCUCGACAAUGGGCAUUAGACAUUGCAGGACGACGCAAACCGUGGGUGCGUUCUCUUCAUAGGACAGACAAACUUGGUUCCCUGCCUGAAGUGCAUGAUAUAAUAAACACCGCGAGACAACAGGCCAAACAGACUGCUAAAAACAUGCCUCAACACCAGGCAUGUCUUGAUGUGAUUGAAGAAGGAAUCAUUCAUGGUGGAUAUCAUGGGCUUUUGAAGGAGUCAAAGGUAUUUAAAGAGCUAGUCUCAACAGACACAUCGAAAGGCCUAGUGCAUGCAUUUUUCGCUCAAAGGGCAACAACAAAGGUACCUAAUAUUUCUGAUAUUGGGCUGAAACCAAGAUCCAUAAAGAAAGUUGCUGUUAUUGGUGGAGGACUAAUGGGUUCUGGCAUUGCUACAGCUCUCAUUUUGAGUGAUAUUUAUGUUAUACUCAAAGAAGUCAAUUCUGAGUAUCUUCUCAAGGGAAUAAAAGCUAUAGAAGCAAAUGUCCGAGGUCUGGUAUCAAAAAGAAAGUUAGCACAGGAUAAAGCAGAGAAAGCCCUUUUGAUGCUUAAAGGUGUUUUAGACUAUGCUGAAUUCAGUGAUGUGGAUAUGGUCAUUGAGGCUGUUAUUGAAAAUAUUUCCCUGAAGCAGCAAAUUUUUGGUGAUAUUGAGAAGGCGUGCCCUCCUCACUGUAUUUUGGCUUCAAAUACCUCCACUAUUGAUCUCAAUAUAGUUGGAGCAAAGACCAAAUCACAAGAUCGAAUUGUGGGUGCACAUUUUUUCAGUCCUGCCCAUGUGAUGCCUCUCCUGGAGAUUAUACGGACGGAGAAGACUUCUCCUCAAGUAAUUCUUGAUCUAAUGACUGUUGGGAAAACCAUAAAGAAAGUUCCUGUUGUAGUUGGAAACUGCACUGGCUUUGCAGUCAAUAGGACCUUCUUCCCGUACUCCCAAAGUGCGCAUCUUUUGGUUAACUUGGGGGUUGAUGUCUUCAGAAUUGAUCAGCUUAUUAGCAACUUCGGCCUGCCUAUGGGUCCAUUCCAGCUUCAGGAUCUUGCAGGAUAUGGAGUAGCUGUUGCAACAACAAAAGAAUUUUCUAUGUCAUUCCCGGAGCGAACCUUUGAGUCUCCGUUGGUUAAGCUUCUCAUAAAGAAUGGGAGAAAUGGUAAAAGUAAUGGAAAAGGAUACUAUAUCUAUGAGAGAGGAAGCAAGCCGAAACCUGAUCCUUCUGUGCUUCCCAUAAUAGAGGAAUCAAGGAGGCUUACCAAUAUUAUGCCUGGUGGGAAGCCUAUAUCCGUUACUGAUGAAGAAAUUGUCGAGAUGAUACUCUUUCCAGUGGUGAAUGAGGCAUGUCGAGUUUUAGAUGAUGGUGUCGUUGUCCGAGCAUCAGAUCUUGAUAUUGCCUCUGUUCUUGGCAUGAGUUUCCCAUCUUAUCGUGGUGGUAUUAUUUUCUGGGCAGACACCAUUGGAGCAAAUCGCGUGUAUAGAAGUCUCCAAAAGUGGUCUGAAUUAUAUGGUAAUUUCUUCAGACCAUCAAGAUUUUUGGAAGAACGAGCAACCAGAGGGAUCCCAUUGAGUGCACCUGCUUCGACAUCUUCAGGAGCGCGGCCGCGGCUAUGAUACUACUGCUCAAUAUUCGGGAGUAAUGGGAAAAAUAAAUUUAUUUGCCAUCAAUCAAGUGAAAUAAUGUUGUUUAGUGACAUUUGCAGCCCGGCUAGAAUAAAUGGGGUCAGCGUUAUAUUGUUCGUUCUAUUCUGUGACAAGAAAUCAUAUAGAGCAUUUUACCGAAUGGUGGCGAAAAUUUCUUUUGCUUCCAUUUUCAUUGUGGGUGGACUUGAAAGUUGAAUGCGAAUUGGAAUAAACAAGAAAUGUAAGCAAAAAAUUAGAUAUAUUAUCAUACUUGACUUUAUUUAUUUUUA